CCGCGGCUCGGAAAGUUGCCGGCUUUCGUUGAGGCGCGCGCGAGAGAGGAAUGGAGGGUCAAGUCGCGAGGCGCAGGAUCAGCACGAUCGCCGGCCACUUCGUCGCCGGCGAAGAGAUCUCCGCCGCCGCCCACGUCGUGCAGAACUGCAGUGCUAGUUUAAACUCUGUGAUCCGGAGAUGUGACAACAGAAUGCAUUUUGCAAGGCAAGGGUCUAGUUCGCAAGGUAGUUUCAUGAGGCAGGCCUCAAUAAAUCAGCAGGUGAGACCAACUCAGCCUGGCACUUGUCAGGGCUCUAGCAACGCUUUUGAGGCUCCAUUAUUUUCUAGGCCUUCAAGAACUGGACAAAAACUGCCAAAUUUUGGCUUAGUACAACCUACAGCACAGUGUUGCAACUUAACUGCAGCGGAACCAGCACCUAGGUUUGCUCAGCCAGACAGAAGAAUGAGUAGACAAAAGCAAUCCAAUUUGAAGAAGAAAGUCCAUCCUCCAAAUUCCAGGGGGGCUAAAUGGUCCCCACGAAUGGAUGUGGUAGAAUCAGAACGCAAUUAUGUUCUGACUGUGGAAGUUCCUGGAGUUAGCAGCAAGGAUAUCAGAGUGGAAGUCAGUGACCAAAAAUUGACUGUGACGGGAAUGCGUCAGGCUUGGAAAGUAUCUGGCUUUUCAAAUGACUCGAUUAUGUCGUAUCACAAGAGAGAGAUCACACAAGGACCCUACCAGAUCACGUGGCCGCUUCCCACCAAUGUAAACAAGGAUAGUGUCUCAGCAGAGUUUGUGGAGGGAUUUCUACAGAUCAUUGUUCCUAAGCUUUGAGAAACAGCCAGAGAGCAGCAUCUAGAAGAGUAAAUGACUACGUCAUUAUCAAUACGGAGUAGCCAAUAUCGUCAUUAUCAAUACUGAGUUGCCAAUAUUGGACAACCUUCUACACAUGCUCUUCGAGUAUAUAAUAGAAAAUUUGCUAGCACUCUGUAAGCUUCUUGUAUCACCGCGUCAUUCUGUUGCUGUUAAAUGCCUAAUUACUUCAAAAUGUACGAUACAUGAGCUAUCUCCCUAUAAUUCCAAUCAAGUGCUCGAUAUACACAGGUUAUCCUCCC